CGCGCCGUGGCCUCACACGAUAAGGACGACCACGGCGGCGGCCUCUCGCUGCCCCUCGCUGCCCGCUGCCCCUCGCUGCCCGCUGCGUCUCCCCCGUCCGCAGCGAUGUCGUCCUCAGGCUCCGGCUCCGACUCGAGCCACGACGCACGCCGCUCAGGUGCGCACACCGCCACUCAUCGAACUCUGAUAGGCUCACGCGCCCGCAGAUCGCCUGCUUCCCAGCAGCGAAGAGACCGCCCCCGUCGAGGACACCGACGCCGUCCCCUCCACCGCCUCCGUCUCCCGCUCCACGUCCCCGUCCCCGCCGCCCCCCGCCGCCCGCACCCGCCUCCUCUCCGACGACUCCGCCUCCGCCUCCUCCGUCUCCCGCCCCCUCUCCCUCGCCCCCACCUUCGUCUCGUCCCCCCUCAACCCCAACUUCACCCCCGGCACCGCAACCCCCCGCCCCCGCCGCUCGUCCAAGGCAAACACCCUCGCCGUCGUCCGCCGCGUCGCCUCCGACGACGCCCAUGCCCUCGGCAUCGACUCCCGCCGCGGCUCCAUGAUCCUCUACCGCCUCGCCAGCGACCGCCUCGCCAGCGACGACCUCGCCGCCCUCCCCUCCCCCCCGCCCCUCCGCGAGCACCGCGCCAGCCUCGCCUCCUCCUCCCGCGACUCCGUCCUCUCCCUCUCCUACGACAGCAAGUACCCCGCCGCCUCCCUCGCCAGCUCCCACCGCGGCUUCAUCCCCUACGCCUACGACCCCGACGGCGACAAGCACCUCGGCCCCGACGACGACGACUUCCUCUUCGACCCCGCCUACGCCGAGUCCACCGCCUGCUGGCGCUCCCUCAGCUGGCGCGGCGUCCUCAACAUCGCCAUGCUCGUCACCGUCACCCUCUCCCUCCUCGCCCUCUUCAUCUCCUACCCCAUCAUUUCCUUCUACCACAACGACGUCCUCGCCCACAUCGCCACCGACACCCACAUCAACUCCACCGGCCAAUACGAUCUCUCUUUUCAGUCCGUCCUUCAUUUCCGCCCCUUCUCUGCCAAUCUGACGCAGCUUCCCCAGGUCCAACGCACGGAGAUACCCGUUGCCCUUCCCCCAAGACUCGCCCUAGUACCCCGCGUCCUGGUACGUCCCCUCCUCUCUUGCUCUGUGCCCACCGUUCGCGUUCUAUGGCCCGCGCCUGUGCUGCCGACGAGCGCGAGAACGUCAUCAUACCCGGCGCGCGUCCUUCUUUGCAUCUUACCGUGCCGUGCGACGCCAUGCGUUCAGUCUUCCGUACCGUCCCAUCACUCUCCCCUACGCGUCGUACUCGCCCGUCCGCUCCUGCGCCCACGCCAUCCUCCUCACUCGUGCCCUCGCCGUCCGUCGGCGGCCCGUACUGCGUCAUCCGAUGUCACGGUGCGUCGUUCGCCAGUACGUCGCCGACGUCUCGUACUCGCGCACGUCUAGUCCCCGCAGCUGUCCGAGUGCGCCUACCCGCCUGGUAUCGCCGCCGCAGCGCGUCGGGUGCGGCUUGCUCUGUGCCGUGCAGCUGACGGACGCUCAGAGUCCCCGUCGCUGCCGAUCCUUUGCAGUGCGUCGCACACGCACGUGGUGCUACCUCGCGCUCCUUCGCAUCCUCCGCGCUUCCGCCGACGGUGCGAGGCGGCCUCAUCGAGCUCCGCCGCUGUCGUCUUUGUGCUCUCCGCGACGCGACCAUACGCACACCUCGCCACGUCCACGUCCUGGCAGCCCUCCGCACACGCGACCGAUCGUCUCCUCU